AUGGACGAUUUGUAUGGAUACAAUGAAGAUGAGAAGGCCUUACAGGAGUUUUUGGCUCAAAAGAUGAAAACAACUCCAACAACAGCUCAACAAUCAUCAGCACAAUUCAAUCAUCAGAGUUCGAGAAAUAUAUUUGCCAAUUCUUCCAUCAUGAUGGCAAACAAUGGAAAGAUUCCACUGAAUGCCAAUGGCUUCUCUUCAUCAUCCAGAAAAAUUCAAUUAAGCAAUGAUGAUGAUGAUCGGGAAUUAAGGGAAUACAUUGCACAAAAGAAGGAACAGAUAGCAACAACAGGUGGCGCAUUGAAUAGCCAGAGCUCGAGGAAUAUACUGGCUGGCUCUGGAGGUACCAUGAUUAAAAAGAUAACCAUACAAGAAGCUCAACCUGAAGUUUCCUCACCAUCAGCAAUUUCUCUUCAAAAUUCUUCAUCACCAAAAAGCACAUUGAAUAGUCAGAGUUCGAGGAAUAUUCUCUCUGGUGUGAAUUUCAAACCAACUCCAAAGAAUAACAUGAAUUCUGGUAGUGGAGGCAGUGUUGAGAUAAGCUCCUCCACUCAACAAUUACUCGAUGAACAUCAACUAGCUUUUGCAGAAUUCUUGGCAAAGAAGCAAAAUCAACAGCAACCAACAAGCUCUGUAUCAUCAGCUCCACUCGAUUCCUCAUCAAUCAAUACAUCAAGUUCUCGGAAUAUUCUGGAGGGUGUGGAUUUAAAGCCAAGUUUUCGAUUGAUUAGAGAUAAUUCAAUAGCAGGCGAGUCAUCAAAACCAAAAGGAAUACUCAUCAGAGAGGGAUCUUCCUUACUUGUUACAAAGGAUAUUCUUCAACAACAGGCUCCUCCUCCUCCUCUGGUUUCAUCAAAUUCACAAAUGAUUAAGAGAGGAACUCUCCAGAGAGAAAAUUCAGUUUUUACCUCAACAACAGAAAAGACACCAAUUACUGAAAUGACUUCCUCUAAUAGGAGAGCAACCUCUGUUUUACAAAGAGAGAAUAGUCUGAUGAUUGCCUCUCAAAAUCCAAGAGGAACUCUCCAGAGAGAGAACAGCAUCAUGACAAGUGGAGCACCUCGAGGAUUUUUACAGAGAGAAAACUCUGUCAGGAAUCAGUCGUCAUCUUCUGAAAGACCUCGUGGUCAACUUCAAAGAGAAAAUAGUGUAGUGACGAGAUCUUCUGAGCUUCCAAGAGGGGCACUUCAAAGAGAGAGUAGUGUCUAUAUGAGAGAAGCUAGUUCUGUACCAAAACAAAGACCAACACCAACAACAAACACCACUCAGGAACGACCACCUCCUGUGGAUAGAGGAAUGUCAAGAAAUGAUCAAGGAUACAAACAGUCAAUUAAUCAAAGAUUCCUUUCAAAAUUGAAGCAACGAUUGGAAGAAUCUGAUGGAAACUUUUCUGAUACAACAAGUGAAAUUUCAAUCAGGUCAACAACAGAUACUACUGUAUUGAGUCAGAGAGAAAUUUGUGAUGAAGUUGGAUUUACACAUCAGGUAGAAUUCUCUCAAUUGAAUUAUUUAGUUCAUCAAUUUGUUCAUUGUGGAUUUCCAGUUCUUGUUUUUGACAAACUUGGAUCCAUUGAGUUUCUUAAUAAGGAAGCAGAGGAUUUAUUUGGAGUUUAUUCAUUCAGUGCAAUGGGAGAACAUGUUAGUGAAUUAUUCUUGGAUGAUGCCUCCGUUGAACUUCAUCAAGCCAUGUAUGAAUUCUUGGGUCCAACAGAGAAUAGCACUCUGAAGGCAGAUAAAAUUGGAUCUGAUCAGAACUAUCUCGAUGAUAUUAAGCCAUAUAGUCAAUUGAGUGAGGAAGAAAAAGCAACAAGAAGGAAAUCACUCUCAGAGGAACGAUAUCUCAGAGCCAAAGCUACCAUGCUUAAACAAUUCUUCAUUGUAACUGCAAGAAUUAUUCCAAUUAAGAAACUUCAAGAAAUUCACUUUUGUGUCUAUUUGAAAUUCUUCAAGGAAAUUGAUAAUGAACAUCAGGCAGCUGUUACAAACUCUUUCAAACAUGCUAUUACUGAUCUAAGUAUCAUUCCAGUCAUUACAAUUAAUGACAAGGGAAUUAUUCAAGUUUUUAACAAGGCAGCUUCAUCUACAUUUGGAUAUGAACCAAAGGAAAUUGUUGGAAGAAAUGUCAAGAUUAUUUGCAACAGUAGAGAUAGGUUGAAACAUGACAGUUAUUUGGAUAGAUGUCGAAGUAGAGAAAAUGGCGUUGUGGAUGUAACACGGAAAGUGAAGGGAGAAACCAAAUCUGGAAAGAUCAUUUCUUUGGAAAUUAAAAUUUCACAAAUUGUCACUGAUGGAAAACCAUCCUAUGUGGCCUAUCUCAGAGAUUACAAAUCAUUGUCAACACCAGAAGAACACAUGACAAGAAUUGCAGAAAAGAUUUUCCCAAAAAGUAUUGCAGAAAGAUUGAGCAUGGGCCAGACUGUCAUUGACACAAUCGAUUCCUGCUCCAUGUUAUAUUGUGAUAUGGUUGGUUUCACUGAUUUCUCUUCAAGAAAAUCACCAAAAGAUGUUGUCAAAAUCUUACAUGACAUUUUCACACUCUUUGACAAUGUUUGUACUGAACUGAAUUUGGAGAAAAUCAAGACCAUUGGUGAUUGUUACUUUGUUGCUUCAGGUCUUUCGAAGAGUGAGACCAAUCAUGCAGAUAACAUUGUAAAGGGAGGUCUUGCAAUGAUUCGAAACAUGAAACAAUAUACUACCUACACAAAUACUGAUCAUUUAUUAUCAGUUCGAUUGGGAAUUCACACUGGAAAUGAUGUGAUCGCAGCAGUUGUUGGAAAAGUGAAACGAACAUAUGAUUUAUUUGGACCUGCAGUUGAAAUUGCUCAAAUGAUGGAAGCAACAGGAAAGGUCAAUCAAGUUCACAUCUCAAACUCAACUUACAAGGAACUGAGAAGUGAAAAAUCAAAAUCUCUCUUUUCUGAAAAUCUAAUGAAAGGAGAAGAGAUUGCAUUGGAUAAAUAUUCAAGUCCUAUCAAUAUUCCAUUGGAUACUUGGAUUACUCAAAGUAUAUAUAAUUGA